CGCCCUGCGCUCCAGUCUGCUGACACACCGGGAGGACGCUCCGCGCUACGGCUCCGUGUCAUUGGACUCUAUGUGGAUACAAAGCCCGGCCAGCACUCAUCCAUGGGGAUAGUUUAGCGGGAGCUGCAGCCCGGGAGAUCUUUUACAUGAAAACAGAGCUGCACUGAAGGACCUCGGAGAGCCGGAGAACGAGCGCUGGCCUGGGCUUGACUGCGUUGACCAGCGAAUGAGCCUUGUUCAUGCGUCUCCCUGCGUGCCACUCCCACACCACUAUGAACUGCGAGCAGGACUUUGGCGACGGGGGCUUGGGAGUGACCCUCACACUGCGACUGCUCAUGCAUGGAAAGGAGGUUGGCAGCAUCAUAGGAAAGAAAGGAGAAACUGUGAAACGAAUACGAGAAGAGAGCUCGGCUCGGGUCAAUAUCUCAGAGGGAUCAUGUCCAGAGAGGAUCAUCACCAUCACCGGCUCCACGGACAGCGUCUUCAGAGCCUUCACAAUGAUCACGUACAAACUGGAGGAGGACCUGACAGCGCUGGUGGCCAACGGCACCAUCAGCUCCAAGCCACCAGUCACCCUGCGGCUGGUCAUCCCCGCCAGCCAGUGUGGCUCGCUCAUCGGGAAGGGAGGGGCCAAGAUAAAGGAGAUCAGAGAGAGCACUGGAGCUCAGAUACAGGUGGCUGGGGAUUUGCUGCCCAACUCGACUGAGCGAGGAGUGACGAUAUCUGGGAAUCAAGACUCCGUAAUCCAGUGUGUCAAGCUCAUCUGCACAGUAAUCCUGGAGUCUCCACCGAAGGGGGCCACCAUCCCCUAUCGACCGAGCCCCUCACCGGCUGCUCUCCUCAUCGCAGGGAACCAGGUGUUUGAAGCGUCAGACUUCGCGCCCCACCCUCUGUACUCAGUCGCCCAGAGUGGCCUGGAUCUCCAGCAGGCCUACACUUUGCAAAACCAAUAUGGCAUUCCACAUUCAGAGCUGGCCAAAUUGCAUCAGCUUUCAAUGCAGCAAGGCCUGAGUCCCAUUGCCCAGCCUGCUUCCACUAUCAUGCCCGGGAUGGACUCAAACUCUCAGACAUCUCAGGAGCUGCUUAUUCCCAAUGAUCUGAUUGGCUCGAUCAUCGGGCGUCAGGGCACUAAGAUCAACGAGAUCAGGCAGGUUUCAGGAGCUCAGAUCAAGAUCGGCAGCCAGCUGGAUGGAACAAGCGACCGUCAUGUCACUAUCACAGGAACACCAGUCAGCAUCAACCUGGCCCAGUACCUCAUUACCUCCUGUUUGGAGACCGCCAAAUCCACGGCACAGGCCGCCACCAUGGCAACUCCAGUCGACCUCAACAUGGCCUUCACUCAGCCCGCCUCCCCGGCCGCCUCCCCCGCCCCCGCCCUGGCCACCGUGGGCACCCUGACCCCGGCCCACAUGCUGGGGACCCCGUACGGCGCCAUGCCCCUCUCCGGGCUCCUGGGGGUCAAGUCCGUCCCCUUUCUGACUCUGUCCAGCCCCGCCCCCACCGUGGCCGUCUCUGCAGCGCCCUCCCACUCCACCCUGGCCGCCUACACCGCCAAAAUCUCCUCAGCCAACUGCAUCAAAAAGCCAGAGAGACAGAAGUUUGCUCCCUACUGAUGAGGCCUGUGGAGAGUCCAGUGAAGAAUCCACCGGCACACACACGCUCUGGACUUUUUACCCGAUGAUGCACCAACAGAGACGAGACCAAUAGAGACGUGGACAAAGCUAUUAAAAGUCAUUUACAAUUCUAGAUAAUUUGUGAGUUUCCCAUGAAUUGAUGGACCCGCUUUCAUCGUCACCUCAUCACUGUUAUUGAUCACUAAAAGCAGGGCUGGAGCCUCACCUGAGAGACACAUGUUCACUGACCUUUACGUGUGUUCCUCAAGUUUGAGAUCAGCUGCAUAUUUAUCCUCCAAUAAAUUUGUAAAUUAUACUCAGAUGACAAAUGCUCUACUGUAUGAUGCUUUUAUACAAUGUCUAUGUUUGCCUCUUGAAGUUUUUAAGAAAAUUUGUAAAUGUCUGGGGGGUGUUUUUUCUUUUUUUUCUUUUUUUUUUUAAUAAUCUGUGCUAUGGUACUGUACUUUACUUUGUUCAGUGUUAUGUCUGUUUUGUUGGGUUUUAUUUGAAUGUGCAACUUGUUUAAUCUUUAUUUAUUAGUAAUGAUUCAUUUAUUAAAAGUCUUUGGUUCCUGA